GAUCAAAGCUGCCCCCACUGUUUUUCAUGGUAAAAUACUAAAACAAACACUUUCUCUCUCUACCCUUCAUUUUACCUUUCCCUCGUCAGAUUACCAAACCUGAUUACUUGGGAAAAACAAAAGAGAGAGAGAGAGUGACAGAGGGAUGAAGAAAGGGUCUUCUUUGUGGUUGAUAAGCUUUGUACAGUUGCUAAAGAGGAUAAAAAUUAAAGAAGCUGGGUUAGGGAAACACUCUUAGUGUCUCAGAGGUAGAGAGAGAGAGAGAGAGAGAAGGGUUUAAUUGUGGAAGUGAAAGAGAAAAAAAGGAGGAGAGAGAGAGAGAGAUGGUGGGCUCAGGAUCAUCAGAUAGGAGCAAAGAAGCUGUUGGGAUGAUGGCCCUUCAUGAGGCACUCAGAAGCGUCUGUCUCAACACAGAUUGGACUUACUCAGUCUUCUGGACAAUCCGUCCCAGACCGAGAGUUAGAGGUGGUAAUGGUUGCAAAGUUGGAGACGACAAUGGUAGCUUGAUGUUGAUGUGGGAAGAUGGGUUUUGCAGAGGAAGAGUUGCAGAAUGCUUGGAAGAGAUUGAUGGGGAGGAUCCUGUCAGAAAAGCAUUCAGCAAAAUGUCCAUUCAGUUGUAUAAUUAUGGAGAAGGGUUGAUGGGAAAGGUUGCUUCAGAUAAGUGUCAUAAAUGGGUAUUCAAGGAGCCUUCAGAGUGUGAACCAAACAUCUCCAACUACUGGCAGAGUUCUUUUGAUGCUCUACCCCCUGAAUGGACUGAUCAGUUUGACUCGGGCAUUCAGACUAUAGCUGUAAUUCAAGCUGGCCAUGGACUUCUACAACUGGGAUCCUGCAAGAUUAUACCUGAAGACCUCCAUUUUGUGCUGAGAAUGAGACACACCUUUGAGUCUCUUGGCUACCAAUCUGGUUUCUAUCUGUCCCAGCUAUUUUCUUCAAACAGGAACACUUCCCCUUCUUCCUCAGUUCCCUCUAAGCAAAACCCCAUUCUGACCCGCCCUCCACCUCCCCUCUUCAAUUGGGGCCCGAGGCCACUUCCAUCCGCAACCUCAAUGCUUGCAUCUCCCACUUUUCAAAACUCCGCUAGACUCGGAUUUCCACAGACCAAAGAUGAAACCCAUAUGUUCAUCCUCCCUCAUUCAUCUGAAACCCGAAUGGAAGAUAUGAUGGGAGAUCAUGAAACUGACAUCAAAUGGCCGAGUGGGUUGACUUUCUUCAAUGCUCUCACCGGACGAAGCGAUGAUGCCAAGCUUUUGUUUACUCCAGAGGGAUUAGGGAACAAGCAGGACCAAAAUCACCAGCAACUCAUCCUCGAAGGGAAGAAUCCGAAUUCAAGUUCAGAUGCUUCAAAUAUGCACAACAGUGGUGCUGCAAAUCCCAACGAGUUUUUGAGCUUGGAUAGCCACCCAGAGAGCGCCCGGAAGGUGGAAAACAAGUUUAAGAGGAGCUUUACCUUGCCUGCAAGAAUGGCUUCAUCAUCUUCUUCUACUUCACUCGAUCACCAUUCACAUAAUCCUGUGGAGUACAGAAAUUCGGAAGGAGGAAUGUACACCGAUGUCAUGGAGACUUUCUUAGAGUAAUUUAGGAAGCUUGUACUUCUGGAGUCGAGGAUGAAAGAGUGAGAAGUUGUAUCUAGGAAAAGCUUUUGCUCUCUUUGGCGGCUCAGUCGAUGGUUCCUUUGUUUUGAUGCUAAUAUCAUAUGUUUCUUUGAUUUAUUUACUGAACUCUUUUCACCAUUUCUUGUAGUUGUGCAAACAUGAAAAUUUUCCUCGAAAUAUAA